UUGUGUUUCAAAUACUUAGGCUACUAUUCCGAUUCUAUUCAAAAGGAAAAUUAGAUGUGCUACAGUAUACUUAUCCGCUCCGCAAACCUCUAUCGCCGGCAUCAGUUAGUCGGACACUCGAUGCAUUAGGCUAUAACAAUGUAGUCACAAUUUAAUGGACACACUUGUUACUAUAGCGUAAGAUAACUAUUGCUUAAGCUACUUCUAGCCUGUGUGUAUUCUAAAAUAUAUAUCGUAGUCUAUGUUAAUUCAUGCAAAUAGUCUCGCUACGUUAUUAUUCGAGAGAAGAACAACUAACGUUACUGUUGCAAAACUAGCUGAUAUGAACCGAGUUUACAGCCUCCUCCCACUUGGUACAUUUGUUCUGGCUUUGUAACAUAUUAGUUGUCGCUGGUUACAUCUGAUAAACGAGAGACUACAAUGUAACAUAUGGUCAGCUCCUGCGGUCAUUUUGCAAGGGCGGCCUGGAUUCUAUGGCAACUCCGUACAGGACAUGGAUCUUGUGCUUAGCAGGCUAGUCACCUCUCACGUAUAGUAGCCUAUACAUUUCCAUUGAAACACAACCGUCACGUAGCCUAGCCUGCUCCGUACUUAUCCGGUAUCUUUUCACAGCAUAUUUUCAAACUUCAACUGCACAGCGCUUUGGCAGUGUCACUAGUGACAACAAUUUAACACGCAUCCUUCAGUUCUUACAACAACUUGUAGCGCAGCAACCUUACAGCGUAAUACACGGGAAGGCCAAAUAGGGCUAAGUAUCGAAUAGAUUACACCCAGUAGCCUAACAAGUUCAUGAAUGUAUGAACAGAGUGGUUUUGACACCUGUCUGAAAUUAUUUUCACCUCGUUGUUACAGUAGGCCUAUCAGUGAGUCGUUUUAUAAGAAGAAACUUAAAGUAAUAGAUGUUGGCUAACAGAGAUUUCGGUUAAAUGUAUAAUGGACCCGGUCAAAUGUAUAAUGGGUUUAUUUUUUAUUCCAGAGUUUCACUAAAGAGGUCCCCCACACAAUCUUGACUUCUCAUUUGUUCUUCUCAUGAAUAGGCCUAUAACAAUGUCUUCGAAAAGGCAAUCCGAUAAAUAAAGUAGCCUAUUAUGUGAAACCUACACAGGGCCGCAGGUGGCCAUUUGGGCGCCUUAGGCGGAAUUGCUUUGUGGUGCUCAACACUCGUUAAAAAAAACCGUUAUUAUUAUAGUUAUGAAUGUGAAUCUCCUAGCACAAUACAAAUAUAAACCAACAACACAAACGUUAACGCAAACAACUAGUUGGAAUUGCAUAUAACCUAUUUAGCUCAUCCUUUGCUACCGUAUAUUUGAUAGAUAUACAUUUAAAAAUAAAUGUUUCCAACUUGAUGCUGUUUGAUGAUGUAUUGAUUAAUGGUGUAUUGCCACGUUAUAAUAUUUUGUUUAGGCUACGUUCUCAUAUUUUGCCUUUUUACGAUGAUAAAUGGGAGGACUGUUUUUGCUGUGUAUGGUUGGGACAUGAUGUGAUGUAAACCUGACAGGCUACCACAAAAGAAUGUUUAUUAAAUAUAACACUAAAUUAAUAGAGUUCUAUCUCUGUUGAGUUUAGGAGUGCGAGUGCUAUACUUUAACAGAUUAGAUGAGAUGCUAAAGUUACAUCUGAAGCCGAGAGACUGAGGUGUAGGCUAGCCUUACAACGGACGGUUGAUCCAGGAGAAGAGCCCGUGUGUGCGCUGGUGAUGCCGGCCCAGCCCGCCGCCAGAGAGCCCGAGGAGGACAUGGAGACGGAGGGAGACUCGGAGGUGCCGCAGGCGAACGGCGAGAUGGAGGAGGAGCGAGAGAGGGAGGGAGGAGAGGCCGAGGAGACCAUGGAGGAAAGCGGCGAGGAACACGAGAGCGAGAGGGGGAGUGAGUCGGAGGAGAGCGAAGCAGAGGAAGAGGAGGAAGAGGAGAGCUCAGAGAUGGAUGACGAGGACUGUGAGCGAAGAAGAACAGAGUGCCUGGACGAGAUGUCAGAUCUGGAGAAGCAAUUCCUCGAACUGAAAGAGAAACUGUUCCGUGAGCGUCUGAACCAGAUGAAGGUGAAGCUGGAUGAGGUGCUGGCAGGGAAGGCGGGAGAGUACCAGGACCCCUUGGUCGUCCUGCAGCAGAACAUGCAGAUGCGCACCCAAGUGGCCGGUAUAUACAGGGAACUGUGCCUGCAGGUUAUCAAGCACAAACAUGAAUGUGAGAUGCAGGGUGCGAGGCAACACCUAGAGAGUGAGCGGACGAUGCUGUACGACACCAUGAAGACGGAACUGCUGGACAAGAUCCGCAGACUAGAGGAGGAUAAGCAAAGUAUAGAUAUCACCUCAGAGUGGUGGAGCGAUGAAGUGAAAGCCAAAAAGUGCAAAAGGAAGAAUCACGUCCUGCGGCCGGAGCGAAAAAAGAAAGCGCUUCUAGUUUCGGGUCCUUACAUAGUGUACAUGCUACGGGACAUUGACAUCCUUGAGGACUGGGCGGCCAUUAAGAAGGCUAAGGUAGCUCUUGCACCUCUCAAGAAGAAGUCGGAAGGCCGGCAGCCACUCUCAGUACGCUGUGAGGGGGGGACUUUGUACUAUGAUGGAGAGAAAUUCUGCAAAGGCAACAGCGUUCUACUGGAGGUCAACGAUGACAGCCCAGCACAGGCGGUGAUCACGGCGGUCAGCACUGGCGAGGUUUGGCUCAAGCGCACCGACGGCAGCAAAACCAAAAUCUACAUCUCCCAGCUGCAGAAGGGCAAAUACUCCCUGCGCAAAGCCUGACCGAUGGCAGCGGCUAUCAAAACACACACACACACACCAUCACCAUCAGAGCAGCCUGAAAACCACACAGAAAACACACAUACACACACACCAUCAGAGUGUCCCAAACACACACACACACACACACACACACACAGUUGUUCCAAGUGGAAGCACUUCAAGUGGGGGAAAAAACAUACACUGAGAUUAAUAUUCUGACCUUCAAAAGGUUCUUCUCCACUUUAAAGGUUCUCUGAAGCACAUACCAGAGGAGUAGGCUCCAAUAAAGAGCACCAGCUAUUCUAAAUAGAUCCACCCUCAGGAGUUCUUUCAAUCCAGCCAGGGAACCAUCAAAAAUAUUCUCAAUGUCACCUUUUUGUCAGUCCACUUAAGGGAACAGCCUAGAUAUUUCUACUACUAUGCAACAAACACUAAUAUCAUGCAGAGCUUGGAGACUAUAACAAACAUCUUGGCCUCCCUCCACCUUCAUGAAGUGGUAAUCAGGAAGUGGACUGUAACCAGGAAGUCCACCAUCCAUUGUUGAGCAUACCAAAUACACUGCUGUCAAGGCCAAGGCGACUGCAUUAAGCAACCCACUGUAUGCAAUUGUACCUGUUACCCCCCAGACCGCAGCUGACUCUGUGACACAUCGGGGCCGGAUCAGAGCCCGAUCUGGGCCAAAUCCGGACCAGAGCUGUUUCAGACUCGGCUGUCAUCUGGGACUUAACUCCCCUCCCCCCUUUGAUAUGAUUGUUGUUGUGAUAACGCGAAUAAUUUAUAUUUGUUUGUAAAGCGGUAGACUGGGAACAGAGGGUGCUUUUAAGACUGUGUUUAAUAUAACCAUGUAUUUAUAACAGAAACGCUAUUAAAAUUCAGUCUUUUAUUAA